AUGUCCCCCCUCAGAGGCUAUAUUACUUCUUAUUCUCCGCGAGUCCGCCAAUAUGGAAACGCGCUUCUCACACCGGUCAUUCCUCCAAGCCAAACCGGCCCGACACCUCGAAUGACAAAGAGAGGAACAGCAGCAAUAAACUACGCUGAAGAUGGGUUUGACGACGAUGACUUUGAGGACAGUGAAGGUCCCCGACGGCCCACUGGCUUGAGGAGCCUUCGACGGGAAGAGUCGACUAUUGACAAGGUUCCUUUGGCGGAAAAGUUGGGAAAAGAAGUCCAUGCUCCUGUUGAGGUUCAAGGGGUAUUUCGGGAUUGGAUGAUCAAGAGGAUGCUGAGGCCUGUCUGCGCCGACCAACUGCAGAUUCAGGCGCAGCUCCCCCUCACCCUAAUACCCAUUCGCAUUGAUUUAGAAGUUCCAGCGCAUCAACCUCUAGAACCCUUUCAAUUGCCACGAACUGUUCUGGAUCCCGGUAUUAACCCUACCCUCCCCGGCUAUAGAAGACCCGAGCCUUUGCCUGCGUACAGGAUCAAGGAUACAUUCCUUUGGAACCUUCACGAAGCGCUGGCAACUCCUGAAGAAUUCGCUACCGGCUUUGUUCGUGACUUAGACCUACCCAAUCCACAGGCCAUGACAAUGGCAAUCAGCAAUCAAAUUCGUCAACAAUUAGAGGAAUAUGCUGGUGUUGCACUACAUCCGCUAUUUCAAAGUACAGUGCCAAAGCCGCCUUCUGCCAGCCAAGCUGGUGUAUCGCGCGAUGUAUCCGCAACUCCCGCUCCUGCCGCCACGCCUGAUAGCAGAUCCAACACAGUGACUGUAAUCAAAGAACCGUUUGUUAACGACAGUUUCUUGAAUCCAGAUGAUGCAUACCGAUGCAUGAUUAAUCUCAACAUUAACCUGCAAAAUAAGCUAUACACUGACAAGUUCGAGUGGUCUCUGCUACAUCCUCCCGGCAUGGCAGAGGAAUUCGCAAAAAUCACUUGUGCCGAUCUGGGUCUUGGUGGAGAAUGGGUCGGAGCUAUUGCGCAUGGUAUUUAUGAAGCUGUUCUAAAGUUGAAGAAAGAAGUUUGUGAAAGCGGCGGGUUAGUUAGUGGAAUUGGCGGCUAUGGGAAUGAGAUAGACAACCAGGCGGCCAAUGGCACUGAGGCUGGCUGGCGUUAUGACCCGGAGGGACUCGGCGAUGAAUGGGAACCCAAGGUGGAGACGUUGUCAAAGGAAGAAAUUGAGAAGCGGGAAGGCGAUCGUGAACGGCAGAUCCGGCGUCUACGACGAGAAACUGCUAGGUUCUCUUCUACUGCAGGCAUAACUCCAGACGUUUCUCGACAAGGUAGCGGAGGCUAUUUUGACGUUGACAGUGAGACCCCUCUAGGUAGGGGUGAAAGGAGCAAACGAAAAAGGCGUUUCCGCAGCCUGAGCCCAUUGGGAAGAGGAGGUACACCUGGUGGACGUGGAACUCCAGACACCUCUUCAGGCGCUGGGUAUGGCGGUGGCGGCGGUACAUUAUCCGAUUGGGAACGGCAAAAUUGGCGAUGCAGUAACUGCAUGGUAUGGGGCACCGCUGUUUGGGCUGUUCGGGAUGGCCCUGCCGGUCCAAGGACACUUUGCCAUAAUUGUGGUCUCCUAUACGAACGUGAUAAAGUUGCACCAGAAUGGUCCAGAGAUCUACACCGUCAUGAUAUACCGAUUGGCCGAGCAUAG